AUGUCUGUAAAAUUAAAUAGUGGAACUUCUAUGCCUUUAACUGGUUUCGGUGUAUGGAAAGUUGAUAGAGCUACUGGUGCUGAAACUGUCUAUAAUGCUAUUAAAACUGGUUAUAGAUUAUUUGAUGCUGCUCAAGAUUACGGUAACUGUAUUGAAAUUGGUGAAGGUAUCAACAAAGCCAUUGCUGAUGGUUUAGUUAAAAGAGAAGAUUUAUUCAUCACUUCAAAAUUAUGGAACCAUUACCAUGAUCCAGAAAUUGUUGAAAAAUCUUUAGAUAGAAUCUUAUCUGAUAUGAACUUAGAAUACUUAGAUUUAUUCUUAAUGCAUUUUCCACUUUCUUUCAAAUUCAUCCCAUUUGAAAAGAAAUACCCAGGUCAAUUCGGUAUUAAUGGUAUUGAAUUAGAUAACGUUCCAUUAAUUGAUACUUGGAAAGCUAUGGAAAGAAUCUACAAAGAAGGUAAAAAAGUUAAAGCUAUUGGUGUUUCUAACUUCAAUGGUGGUUUAUUAAUGGAUUUAUUAAGACAAGCUGAAAUUACCCCAGCUGUUUUACAAAUUGAACACCACCCAUACUUACAACAAAAAGCUUUAGUUAACUAUGUUAAAGCUAAAGGUAUUGCUAUUACUGCUUAUUCAUCAUUUGGUGGUCAAAGUUAUGUGGAAUUAGAUAAUCCAGCUGCUAAAAACUCUCCUUCAUUAUUAGAACAUGAACUUAUCACCAAAAUUGCUAAAAAAUACAAUAAAACUACUGCUCAAGUAUUAUUAAGAUGGGCUACUCAAAGAGAAAUUGCUGUUAUUCCAAAAUCUAACAAUGCUAACAGAUUAAAAGAAAACUUAGAAGUUCUUGAUUUCGAUUUAUCCGAAGAAGAAUUCUCUGAAAUUGCUGAAUUAGAAAGAAACUUAAGAUUCAAUGAUCCAAAAGAUUGGGAUGGUCACAAUAUCUGUAUCUUCUAG